UCGAUCUUCCAGUUUUUCGAAUCCAAUCGUUUCAAUGGAGAAGGAAUCGAAGGCUAAGGAACUCAAUGCUGCUACUGAAACGGAGGGAGCUCAGGGGAACGGUUCAUGUGAGGACAACCCGGAUAGCCUCACUUACAAGAGUUUAUACCUCGACUCUCAAAACAAGAUUGAAGCUCUAACUUCCGAAAACCGUGAGCUUGCACUAAGGUUGGAAAUCGUUCGAGGGAAACUUGCGGCGUACGAGAAGAUCAACAGAUCCCUAGGCAUUAUGAACCCGAGAAUGGAAAAAGCUGUGGAAGCUUUCACGUGUUAUUUUCUAGGCGGUGAUGGGAGUGAUGCCGGUAGCAGUGCUCGUAGCGGUGCUGGUUUGGAAAACCAAAUUUUAAAACUUAUGUCACGUAAAUAGAAAUAGAAUAGAAUCAACUAUUUAUUUGGAUAAUUUCUGAAAUUGUUUUUUU